CAGCUCCUGUGGUGCAGGAAAACAACAAUCUGUAGUUGCUUGUAUUCGCUUACAAGAUUCACAAGAAGUUAAUCACAAACAUUGUCGAUAUCAGAAAAAACCGCUUUAUAUUAGAUAUUGUAAUUUGCAAGAAUGCCGAAGAAAGUUUCAAUGGGUCAUCAAACAAUGGAGUAAAUGCUCUAAAACUUGCGGUUCUGCUUCCAGAAAAGCUCGAGUUGUGGAAUGCUUAAACGUAUUUGACAACCUUCUAGCGGAUCGUUCUUUUUGUUCACAGAAAGCUCCGAUUACAUCAAUGCAGUGUCCUACUAAAGAACGUCCACGAAUGUACAAUUGGUUAACAGGCGUGUGGAAAAGUUGCUCGAAAUCAUGCGGAGUUGGUACUCGCACUCGAACAGUAACAUGUAUUGAUGGCGAAAGUAAAAGCAUAGUUAAUCCCCUUAAGUGUGACACAAAGGGUAAGCCAAAUGUUUUGGAGCCUUGUAAUAUACAAGAGUGCGAUAUCUUCAUAUGGUGCGUUCACUUAGAAGGGAAAUGUUCGCAGACCUGUGGAGGAGGGUAUAAAGUUCGAAUAGUGUAUUGCGUAAAUGAGAAGACUAAGUUGUCUGUUGAAAAUCGAUACUGUGAUGGUCCUUCACCACAGAGAAUUGUGCGAUGUAAUGAACGACAAUGUCCAGAAUAUGCUUGGGAUAUUGUUGAAUCGAGUCCGUGUUCAGUCACGUGUGACAAAGGAACAAAAGAAAGAACAAUACAGUGUGUUGAUAAAGCAACCAAUCAGAAUGCAGCUGCAGACAAAUGUUUCGGUGAAAAACCACCAGAGAGUGUUUCUUGUUACGAAAGAAAAUGCUUACGCUACAACGUAUCUUAUACUGUGUGGGGUAGCUGCAGCGCAGCUUGUGGACGUGGUAUCCAAAGAAGAGAAGCUUACUGUGUAACAGAAGAUUAUGAGACAAUCUUAUCUCCUAAAGAAUGUGCACAAGAAGAUAUGAUAUUAGAAAGAAGUUGUGAAAGAGAAUUAUGCGUAAAACCAAAUAAACUUUUCUGUAAUUUUGAUUCACAAACCUACUGUGAUUGGGAAAACACUAAAGACGAUGAUUUUGAUUGGACAGUUGGUAAAUCUACACCUUCAGUUGGUACUGGACCGUUGAAGGAUCAUACAACGCGCUCAGGUUAUUUCGCAUCCAUCGAAGCAUCGCGACCUAGAAAACGUGGAGAGCUGGCUCAAUUGAGUUCUAAAUACAUUAAUGCAGAGAAAGGCUGUUUAGAGUUUUGGUAUCAUAUGAAAGGUCCAUCCAUAGGCCUGUUACGUGUGUACGUCAUAUCAAGUUUUGGUGAACGGGUAGCGUUUAAAAGAGAGGCUCACCAAGGUGGAAGUUGGUUACAGGCGAAAAUAACUGCCAAUGAGACAGAAGCAUUAAAAGGCUUUAAGUAUGUUAUCGAGGGUAUCGUCGGGUUUUGCCUUUAUGGAGACAUAGCUAUUGACGACAUCAAAUUUCACGAAAGAUCAUGUGGGGAGAUUGGAAAGCACUCUAUACCAGUUCUAACUUCAAUGAAUUGUCGAGAAAUUUCAACAUUUUGCCAACAUAAGAAAAGAAGUCACUAUUGUAUCAUAAGUAAAGCGUUUCGAGAUCUUUGUUGUAAAACUUGCGCUGCAUUUUUAACGUAACUAGUUAACGAAGACGGGCAUGUCCCAGAAGAAACAUGUGAAUAUUCUUUAUAAAGUCAGCAAGUCAUUACAACAGCUUGGAUAUAGCAGAUGUUACAAUACAGAUGGAAGAAUCAUUAACUUGCAAAAGAGUUGGUAUUUGCACAAUGAGACACCAAGCUAGUCAUUUUUGUUGUAUCAGUGGGGUUAAAAAGCUACUCUAUUUUGUUUAUAUUUACUGUUAUUCAAAUACCAGUACGUUUUCAAAAGACUUUCCAUUUUAAAACUUCUUCAGUAUGUUUUGUUUAAGUUAUAAACAAGAAAUUAUAGCAUUGCACUAUUUCAAAUAAAGUCGUUAGUAAGUUUGCGCGUGCUUUAUGCUUGUUAAAGACACUGCAUUGAUACGCUAAUAUGAAUGUUUGUAAUGUUAGUAUUUUAUGUAAAUCAUUUAUUUUGCAUAGUCUUGUAAAGUUUUUUGUUUUUGUAAAAUUAUAUAAAAAAUGUAAUUUGUAAUACAUUAGCUUAUUUUCUAAUUUAUUUUGUUAGAACGAAAUAAAUUUUUUUUUUAACAAAAUCUUCUUCGUCGACA